UUCGCGCCCGCAGCGGCCACAGGGUAGGCCCGGGCAUUUGGAACGUAAGUGCGCCCCGGCGACCCUGCCCUCAGCCCGGGCUCCGGUCCUCCAGGAACCCUCUUACCUGCCCAUUGGUCCCACGCCACGCAACGAUGCCAGCCCCACUGGAGACCUGCCUCUCGGACCUCGACUGCACCAGCAGUAGCAGCAGCAGCGGCGGCGGCGACCUAUCCGGCUUCCUCACCGACGAGGAAGACUGUGCCAGGCUCCAACCACCAGCUUCUGCCUCGGGGACGCCCGUGCCAGUGCGCAGGGGCGCUCCCGGGGUUCCUGCAGCCUCGGAUACUCCCCGCGCGCAGGACGACGAGCAGGAGCGGCGGCGGCGCAGGGGCCGGGCGCGUGUGCGCUCCGAGGCGCUGCUGCACUCGCUGCGCAGGAGCCGGCGUGUCAAGGCCAAUGACCGCGAGCGCAACCGCAUGCACAACUUGAACGCGGCGCUCGACGCGCUGCGCAGCGUGCUGCCUUCCUUCCCCGACGACACCAAGCUCACCAAGAUCGAGACGCUACGCUUCGCCUAUAACUACAUCUGGGCCCUGGCAGAGACUCUGCGCCUAGCCGACCAGGGACUGCCCGGGGGCGGUGCCCGGGAGCGCCUCCUGCCGCCGCAGUGCGCCCCCUGCCUGGCCGGGCCCCCGAGCCCCUCCAGCGACGCCGAGUCCUGGGGCUCCGGUGCCGCCGCCUCCCCCUGCGCCGCCGCCGCCUCGCCACUGUCUGACCCCAGUAGCCCCGCCGCCUCGGAAGACUUCGCCUAUGGCCCCGGCGACCCCCUUUUCUCCUUCCCCGGCCUGCCCAAAGACUUGCUCCACACGACGCCCUGUUACAUCCCUUACCACUAG